AUGGUCCUGGUCCUCAGCCCAGAGAACUGCUUCUGGAGCUGCUCUGGUGGAGGUGAUGGAGUGCUGCUGGGAGGCUUCACCAGAGGAGGAGGCGGCUUCCUCAGAGCCUCAGGAGACAUGAUCAAAGGAACCAGAGACCGUGAACAGAGACGUGCGGCACGGCAUCGCCCUGACGUGCACCAGCCUGGUCUCCUCUCUGGGCUCCUCGUGGCUGGAGCAGACCUUCGCUCAGUUCUUGGCUCUCCUCUGGCGUGGUGUCUCACUCUCGGCGCUCCAGACCCUGCGGAGGCGGGGCUGACACGGGGGUGUGUGUCCAUGGUGCUUAGGGCCAGUCUGGGGGGGGUCCUGGGGGAGAAAGCCAGAGCAGUGCAGUCCAGCGAGUUGUGUGUCACUGUGGGAGCUCACAGGACGAUCAUAGCCCGCUCUGGUCUGUUUGCUGCUGGAGCUUGGGUCUCUUCUCCUGGGGUUAGGGUCCACGCGGGGCCCUGUGACGGACCAGUCCACAGAAUCAAAACGGUCAGCGGGAAUCCUUAUGGAAACAGCUACAGUGACCACACAUGGAGCGGCAGUCACAGGCAUGAUGUGGACGUGGGCCAGGCUGGAGACAGUGAGCUCUAG